GAAACAUCUUCAUUCAUUCCAAUAUCUCUUCAUUUCCCCAAAACAUGGCCUUAACAUUACGUUCUUCUACUUCUUUCAUCAAGCUAAAAGAAACCAACAGCUUCAAAACCCCUGAUGACUUCAUGGCCACCAUUUCCAUUGCUCAGGUGAAGCCCACGUGCCGUCUCCGAGCAAGGAGUUCGACGUCGAUGACGUUUCCGGAAUCACCUCAUGGGAGUGUCUUGAUCAAAGGAGCGGAAAAGUUACAUGGACUGACAAUUUCCCAUACUGAAAACAACUCCAAGGUGCCUGUUUUCGUGAUGCUGCCACUCGACACGGUGACUCAUGGAGGUAACUUGAAUAAGCCGAGGGCGAUGAACGCCAGUUUGAUGGCGUUAAAGAGCGCCGGCGUCGAGGGAGUUAUGGUGGACGCAUGGUGGGGUUUGGUGGAGAAAGAUGGACCUUUAAACUACAACUGGGAAGGGUAUGCCGAGCUUGUGAAAAUGGUCGAAAAACAUGGCCUGAAACUCCAAGUUGUCAUGUCUUUUCAUCAGUGCGGAGGCAAUGUUGGAGACUCUUGCAGUAUUCCAUUGCCUCCUUGGGUGCUUCAAGAAAUCAGCAAGAACCCGGACCUUGUGUACACCGAUAAAUCGGGGAAGAGGAAUCCUGAGUACAUAUCCUUGGGAUGUGACUCGGUUCCUGUUCUUAGAGGAAGAACGCCUAUUCAAGCUUACACAGAUUACAUGAGGAGCUUCCGUGAGAGGUUCAGAGAUUACUUGGGACGAGUUAUUGUGGAAAUUCAAGUGGGGAUGGGACCUUGUGGGGAACUCAGAUACCCAUCUUAUCCAGAAAGUGAUGGAACCUGGAAAUUUCCAGGAAUUGGAGAGUUUCAGUGCCAUGAUAAGUUUAUGAGAGCUUCCCUGGAAGCAGCAGCAGAAGCCAUCGGGAAGAAAGACUGGGGAAAAAGUGGUCCACAUGAUUCCGGUCAUUACAAGCAAGUUCCUGAAGAAACUGGUUUUUUCAGAAGGGAUGGAACAUGGAACACCGAGUACGGCCAGUUCUUCCUACAAUGGUACUCCGGAAAGCUACUCGAACACGGAGACCGGAUACUCGCGGCCGCAAAAGGAACAUUCCAUGGAACCGGAGCGAAACUAUCGGCAAAGGUUGCCGGAAUUCAUUGGCACUACGGAACUAGGUCUCAUGCUGCUGAACUAACAGCAGGAUACUAUAAUACUAGACAUCAUGACGGUUACCUCCCCAUAGCACGAAUGUUCAGUAAACGUGGAGUUGUUUUCAAUUUCACUUGCAUGGAAAUGAGAGAUGGAGAACAGCCUGCAUAUGCGAACUGUUCACCCGAGGGAUUGGUCCGGCAAGUAAAGAUGGCAACAAAGACGGCCAACGUUGAACUCGCCGGAGAAAAUGCACUCGAGAGAUAUGAUGCUGGUGGAUAUUCACAGGUUUUGGCGACCAGUAGAUCGGAUUCAGGCAACGGAUUGAGUGCAUUUACAUACUUAAGAAUGAACAAAAAGUUGUUCGAAGGGGACAACUGGAGGCAUUUAGUUGAGUUCGUGAAGAACAUGUCGGAAGGAGGAAGAAAGAUCGCCGAGUGCGACAGCUGUGGCACAAAUCUUUACAUUGGGUUUAUCAGGGACAAGAACGUUGAGAAAAAGGAGGCUGCUCUUGUAUAGAAACAAUGUACAGAGUCGAUACACAACAGUAUAUAAUUAGUACAUCAUAAUUUUUUGCAUUAUACGGAAAACUAGCAGAUGGGUCAAAACACAAUAAAAAGGAUUAUAUCUCCAUGAAUUAUAUGGAGAUUUCAUUCUACUUGGGCAACAACAUUUUUUUUUCUUC